AUGCGUGAGUAUUGGAGGAGCUUUCUGUUGAAAUUUCCAUUUUCGAUCGCAAUUUGGAACGGAGAGGAAGAGGAGGAAAAGGAGGAGGAAAAUCCGACGCUGAAGAGGAGUACGACGACGAUCCCGGUCAGGAUCGUCUUUCGAGGACGAGGCGAAGACCAAAAGACGGUUCGAGUAAAGGCUUUGACGAGAGAAGAUUUCAUGGUGAAAUUUGUGACGACCUUCCCCCCCACAAAACAGUUGUCACAGAAAAAACGCAAAUUUUUGCUUCUGCACGAAAAAGAUCUCACAUGUGAUUUCAUACUACUACUCCUCAUAAUUUUAAACGCGCAGCAAGAAGAGCAUAUACUAAUGAGCAGACGAAAGAAUCCACAUCCGAAAAGAGCGGUGAACGCGAGGACGGUUUUUAAGGUGGUGAAGGGUAGGAGAGAGGAAGAAGAAGUGGAAGAAGAAGAACCUUUGGUGUUGUGUUCGAGGAUUCCUGACGAGGAUGACGAUCUCGAGGCGAGUCAACAGAUACAAAAAGAAGAAACGACUUUUAUUAAGAAAGGAACGAAGAGGAAGAGAGCGCAACACGAGUGCGAUGUGUGCGAGAAGCGAUUUACUCGAGCUGAUAGUUUGAAAACGCACAUGCGUAUUCACACGAACGAGAGACCGUACGAAUGUGAUGUGUGCGAGAAGCGUUUUACUCGAUCUAGUGGUUUAAAACUUCACAUGCGUAUUCACACGAACGAGAGGCCGUACGAAUGCGAUGUGUGCGAGAAGCGUUUUACUCGAUCUGGUAGUUUGAAAAGGCACAAGCGUACUCAACAUCAUUGA